AUGCAGAUCUUUGUCAAGACACUAACAGGCAAAACAAUCACAUUGGAGGUGGAGUCGUCCGACACCAUUGACAAUGUCAAGUCGAAGAUCCAGGACAAGGAGGGUAUUCCACCAGACCAGCAGAGACUUAUUUUCGCUGGUAAACAACUAGAGGACGGUAGGACACUCUCGGACUACAACAUCCAGAAGGAGUCGACGCUCCACUUGGUUUUGAGAUUAAGAGGUGGUAUGCAGAUCUUUGUCAAGACACUAACAGGCAAAACAAUCACAUUGGAGGUGGAGUCGUCCGACACCAUUGACAAUGUCAAGUCGAAGAUCCAGGACAAGGAGGGUAUUCCACCAGACCAGCAGAGACUUAUUUUCGCUGGUAAACAACUAGAGGACGGUAGGACACUCUCGGACUACAACAUCCAGAAGGAGUCGACGCUCCACUUGGUUUUGAGAUUAAGAGGUGGUAUGCAGAUCUUUGUCAAGACACUAACAGGCAAAACAAUCACAUUGGAGGUGGAGUCAUCCGACACCAUUGACAAUGUCAAGUCGAAGAUCCAGGACAAGGAGGGUAUUCCGCCAGACCAGCAGAGACUUAUUUUCGCUGGUAAACAACUAGAGGACGGUAGGACACUCUCGGACUACAACAUCCAGAAGGAGUCGACACUCCACUUGGUUUUGAGAUUAAGAGGUGGUGCAUGA